GCCGCCUUCUGGAUCACCAUCGCCACCAGCCGGUACCAGGGGCCCGUGCACUUCGCGCUCUUCGUGUCCGUGCUCUUCUGGCUGUUGACCCUGGGGAUCUACUUCCUCACGCUGCUGGGCAAGCACGAGCUGGUGCCGGUGCUGGGCUCGCGCUGGCUCCUGGUCAACGUGGCGCACGACCUGCUGGCGGCCGCGCUCUAUGGCGCCGCGACAGCCAUCAUGAUCGACCAGACGCAGAAGCACAGCUACUGCAACCUCAAGGAUUACCAGAUGCCCUGCGCCUACCACGCCUUCCUGGCGGCCGCGGUCUGCGGCGGCCUCUGCCUGGCUCUCUACCUGUUCUCGGCGCUCUACGGCUGCUGCCGCCGCUACCAGGGCGAGCAGGAGGUGGCGUGAGGACGCCCCGCCGCGGGGCGGGGGACCCCGAGGAGACCAGCGCCCCG